UAAAUCUAACUACACAAUACAGACGAUUGCGAAGGCCUUAUAUUAUGAUUGUGAUACCAGUAUUGACAUUUACACCCGGCCAAUGAGUCUACGACAGGAUCUCUUGGAAUUUGCCUAUCCUAUCCAACCGAUUUAUAAGUGGAGAUUUGGCUUCCUCCUUCUUCUUCCAGAAGAAAACAACUAUUUCCAGCUAUUCUACAGCAAGCCUUUCACGAGACCAUUAUGGAAUAGCCUCUACAUCGCAGCUUUUAUCAUAUGCAUCAUAUUUUUCCUCCUGCAGCUGUGGGAGAAACGUGUGGUGGGGAAAGUACAGGAGAACGGUAUAACAUAUGAGAUGUUGGUAGUGAUGGGAUCUUAUUGUCAGCAUAUACCCCCUCUGCAUUCGGCGUUAUCAUCACGACGUACAGCAUACUUCGUAUUCUUAAUUUUCUCCUACGUCAUCUACUCUUUCUAUACCUCGAAUCUUCUCUCUCACUUGGUUAAUGACAGAAAAAUAGUAACGGACAUUACAACUUUGUCUACAAAUGACUUCGAUUUCGUCAUUAUCGAUCAUGCCAAAUUCAUUUUGGAGUAUUACCAUCCUCUACCCAAAGGCAGCCUAAGUGCGUUAAUCAAGAAACUGAUUGGAUUAGAAUCUGUUACGAUCUUAGAUGGCUUACGAAAAGUGAAGGAAGGGAAUUGCGCACUACUGUCAGAUUACAUCACUCUUAACCCUUACAUUAGGAUGGAAUACAAAGGAUCAAUGAAGUUGGAAUCUUAA